AUGUGUGGAAGCUUCGGGCUUUCAGUUAUUUUCCUUUUGUUUUCUUUCUUUUACGCUUCUUUCGGUGAUGAACACACACAUGUGGAUGGUGAGCAAGUUGUGCUCUGGAUGAAUACUGCAGGCCCGUACCAUAAUAUGCAAGAAACUUAUGCAUACUUCAGCCUGCCCUUCUGUAAGGGUCCCGUGGAGAACUUCGAACACUACCACGAGACACUGGCAGAAGCUUUACAAGGAAUCGAACUCGAAUUUAGUGGUCUUGAUAUUCGAUUCAAAAAAAAGACUGAAUUCUGCCGAAAGACCCUCUCAGUGGAAGAGGCUGCAGAACUGGUGUCUGCUAUAAAUGAACGCUACUGGUACCAGAUGUAUUUGGACGAGCUGUCGCUUGUGGCCGUUAUUGGUGAACUGCGCGAGGAUAAACCGGUGCUGUGGACACACAAAAAGUUGGAUAUCCUCUACAAUAAUGAUCAGAUUGUUGGGGUGUCCCUCGGCACAUCAGACCCCGUUGAAGUGCUUCCCGGAGCCGAAGUUGUCUUCACGUACGAGGUUGUCUGGAUUGAAUCAAGACUGCCCUUUGAAAACCGUUACGACUACUAUCUCGACGUGGGCUUUUACCAGCAUCGUAUCCAUUGGUUCUCGAUCUUCAACUCUUUUAUGAUGGUAAUUUUCCUUGUGGUGCUCGUUGCUAUGAUUCUUCUACGAACCCUACGCAAGGACUACGCUCGAUAUAAUAGGGGAGAUUGUCCAGAAGAUCUGGAACGUGAACUGGGCGAUGAGUACGGUUGGAAACAGGUGCAUGGAGACGUAUUCCGACCACCCAGUGGCCUCCUCUACUUCUCCAGCCUCAUCGGCAACGGCGUCCACAUCACUGUCGUGUCCAUGGUCGUGACUGUUCUCGCUCUCAUCGGAAAGAUGUACACGGAGCGCGGUGGGGUUCUCUCGGCCGUUAUCUUCGUCUACGCACUUCUCUCUCCUGUAAACGGCUUCUUUAGUGGGCGCACGUACUCCCAACUAGGCGGCAAAAACUGGAUCCGCCAACUCUUUGUGGGAAGCCUCCUCGUGCCGACUUUACUCACAGUCAUCGCCCUUGGAAUAAACACGAUUGCAUUGUUUUACCAGACUUCCCGCGUGCUUCCCUUCCUAACAAUGCUUGCAGUUUUCGCCAUCAUUGUCUUCGUCAUUUUGCCGUUGAAUCUCAUUGGAACGGUGAUUGGUCGGAACGUGGGUAGAGCAGGGAGCGCGGCGAAUCCGUGCCGCGUCAACCCUGUCCCCAGGCCAAUUCCUCCGGCCAAGUGGUUCACCAAGCCCCUCGUCAUCUCUCUAAUCGGUGGCAUACUGCCGUUUGGAUCAAUUUUCAUCGAAAUGUACUUCAUCUUCACGUCUUUUUGGGCCUACAAGGUAUACUAUGUGUACGGCUUCACUAUCUUGGUGAUCUGUAUCCUUGUGAUGGUGACCAGUUGCACCACCGUUGUCUGCACGUACUUCCUCCUCAACGCCGAAGACUACCGAUGGCAAUGGAUUAGCUUCUUCUCCGGAGCCUCAACAGCUGUCUACGUAUACAUUUACUCAAUCUACUAUUUCCUCUUUAAAACGAAGUAA